AAUAAAGAGCAACUCCAUGAUAAUUCUUUACUUCAAAGCUAUAGAGAAUUAGAGAUCUUUUCGUCCUCAACUCCCUCUCUCUCUCUCUCUCUCUGUCCAAGUCCAACCAUGUACAUUCCUUUUAUACUUCCGCACAGGCACAGAUGCCACAGACAUCUAUAUAUAUAGCGUGGGACAAGAAGAAGGAAGCCUGCCUCAAAAUCCCUUUGAACAUGGCCACAAACAUCUAUUAUUUGUUGCCCAAUUUUGGAUUUCUUUUGCUGGCUGCUUUGAUGAUUUUUACUCAACAUUCAAGCUGCAAUCAUGUUGGUGUUAGUGAAGAUGGCUAUUUGGAAACACUGGUUGAGAGUUCGGGCUCAGAGGACCCUUUGCCCUACUCCACCCGAAAUUAUGGGAUUAAUCAUGAUUUUGGUGAUGAUGAAUGGAAAAUGGUGGGGAAGAAAGGAAAGCAGUUCAUCGUCAAUGAUCAACCCUUUUAUGUAAAUGGGUUCAAUACCUACUGGUUGAUGGUUCUCGCAGCGGAUCAGUCCACCAGAGGUAAGGUCACUGAACUCUUCCAACAAGCCUCUUCUGUCGGUCUUACAGUCUGUCGGACGUGGGCUUUCAACGACGGCCAGUGGCGAGCGCUUCAGAAAUCGCCGUCGGUUUACGACGAAGAGGUCUUCAAGGCACUUGAUUUUGUGGUGAGUGAAGCAAAGAAGCAUAAGAUAAGGCUUAUAUUGCCAUUAGUUAACAAUUGGGAUGCAUAUGGAGGCAAGGCGCAGUAUGUAAAAUGGGGAAAAGAUGCUGGGUUGAAUCUGACUUCCAACGAUGAUUUCUUCUCAAAUCCCACUCUUAAGAGCUAUUAUAAAGCUCAUGUCAAGACUGUUCUUACUAGAGUCAAUACACUCACGAACGUGAGCUACAAGGAUGACCCGACGAUUUUCGCUUGGGAGUUGAUGAACGAACCACGAUGCGAGUCAGAUCCCUCCGGGAAUAAGUUGCAGGCCUGGAUACAAGAAAUGGCAGUCUAUGUGAAGUCCAUCGACCCAAAUCACCUGUUGGAGAUCGGAGUAGAAGGAUUUUACGGUCCUUCAAAACCAGACAGAGUUCAAUUCAACCCCAACACUUAUGCACAGCAAGUAGGGACAGAUUUUAUCAGGAAUCAUCAAGCUCUUGGUGUUGAUUUUGCUUCUGUUCACAUCUACGCCGAUUCUUGGAUUUCACAAUCAAUCUCGGAUGCUCAUAUCCAAUUUGUGAAAUCGUGGAUGCAAGCCCACAUCGAGGAUGCUGAGACACUGGGAAUGCCUGUUGUGUUUGGUGAGUUUGGUGUAUCAGCAAAAGACGGUGGUUACAAUUCAUCGUUCAGAGACACCUUCAUUAGUACGGUGUACAAGACAGUGUUGGACUCUACAAGGAAGGGAGGGAGUGGGAGCGGAACCUUUGUAUGGCAACUAUUCCCAGAAGGAACAGACUACAUGGAUGAUGGGUAUGCAAUUGUUCUCUCCAGGUCGCCUUCAACAUCUAACAUUAUCUCGCUUCAGUCAACAAGGCUUAUGAUCUUCAAUUCUUUGUGUUCUUGGAAUUGCCGUUGGAGUUGCAGGAAGAAAAAUGCACUGCACCAUUUUCUAUUCCCUGAUGAGUGAUCCAUGUUUAUCUACAAACAAACUUAUACAUAUAUCAUAUGUGUGUCAAUGUGCCUGCAGUCGUCCUACCUCCCAUUAUUCUAAUUUCUAAAUUUAUAUAAGUACUACUGGUCCUUGGUGGUGAA